AUGGAAGAUUCUGAUGAUUCAAUAUUAGAAGUUGCUGAACAUUCUGAUCUUAAUACACAAACUAGUAAAACUCAAAAAAAAAGAGACUGUCCAAAAAAUAUACUUUGGGAUAAUCAUUUUAAAGAAAUUAAUCUGCAUAAAGAUGGUCACAAAGGUUGGGAAUGUCUAUAUUGUAAAGAACAAAACCUACGUGUAUCUGAUAUAAACAUGAACACACAUUUGGUUUUAAAUUGUAAAAAAGUUCUACCUAAUAUUAGGCAAGAACUUUUACAAAAAUUUCCUAUACCAAAAGUUUUAGCAAAAAUAUUAUUACCUGCCAAAAAUGCUAUUAAAAUAAUUGAAUCAAAGUCUACAACAACUGCUAAUGUUUUUUUAUUUCUUGUUCAAAUGGCUGCUACUAUUAAUACUCUUAAAAAAAAUAAUUUGUUAGAACAUGGAGGGAUAGAAAGUGCAAAUACUUUAGUAGCACAAAUUAAAAAGUAUGAUGUAUAUGAACCCCAUAUAAUUUUACUUUUAUGGAAGAAAUUGAAUCACCACAAACCUGUUGGAUUACUCAAAAAUGAAGAAGCAGAAAAAGUUUCCAAUAUCGCGAAAUUACAUACAUAUUAUCUAACUAAUACUCAAAAUGAGCUAAAUUAUGUUGCUUUAGAAGUAGAAUUUGAGCAAAUAAUGGAAGAUUAUUCGAAUUUAGUUGAAUAUAAUGAUGAUAUGUUUACUAGUGAAGAAUUUGAUGAAGAUUAUAUUUCUAAUGAAGAUAAUUUAGAUGAAAUUAGACAAUUUGAUUGUGAAAAUUUGGAGAUUAGUGAAAUAAUUAAUUUUAAUGCCUUUUUAGAAGAACAAGUGAGUGAAGUGAAUAUUAAUAGUAAUAUUGAAACUGAAGAAGAAGCAGCAGAUUAUGAUAUAAAUGAAGUUAUCAAUGCAGCUAUAAGUAAUAUGAAAUAA